GGCUCGCCAGCCAGCAAUCAUUGGUAGCCACGACAGGUGUAAGAUAGCGUUCAAUUGAGUUUGCUCGACAGUGCAAAUCAAUCAUUUUUUUCUUUAUUUCGCUGUUGUCGAUGGUUUUGUCUUUCUCGAACGACUUGCAUACAAACCAAGUUACACUGGCUGCGAAGAAAGCGAGAGAGAAGAUCGUAGAAGGUAACCAGCGCUCUGCAGGUGUCGUUUUUAGCAGCGUAAAGCCGAUAGGCAAAAGACCGAUGACGAUUCCGUUUUGAAGUCGCCAAACUUUUAAAAGUUACCAAUUAAUAGCUUUUCUUGAGCCACUGGUUAUAUAAACAAUGAUGAAUGCAAGCCUUAGAGACAAUGGGGCCAUCUCGCUAACGUGUAGUUUUGUCAACGUUACGUUUUAUGGCGAUCGUCAGGAACUUGCGUUUAAUAUAUCGGCCUGCGUACUCAAUGGUCUUUUCGCGAUAAGUUCCACUCUGUUCAACAGCGUGGUGUUGUUCGCUGUAUGGAAGACUAGAGCCCUGCAUACUCCAUCGAACACUUUACUCAGCGGUCUGGCGGCAUCCAAUCUGGCAGUUGGUUGUGUACUGCAGCCGUUAUAUAUCGCCAUGAAAUUACUGGAGAUUCAUCAGGUUCUAGCACCGUAUUGCCAUCUCAGGAUAGCAUUGGAAACCUUGACUAUGGUGGUAUCCGGGACUUCGUUUCUAACUCUAACCUUCAUCGCAGUGGAGCGCUAUUUAGCUUUGUAUUUGCACCUUAGAUACAAAGCCAUCAUCACGUGUCAGAGGAUGGCAAUCUGCCUGGCUAUCUCGUGGCUACUUCCAGUUAUAGGGGCACUCUCCAGAUUUCGGUUGAGCCCUCGAGCCGUCGCCUCCAUCGCGGGUUCAAUCAUCAUUGCCUGUUUGCUGUUGAACAUCUGGGCGUACUUCCAGAUAUUUCGUUUUGUCAAACGUCACACCACGCAGAUCGAAAAUAUAACAUCCCGCUUGCAAGUAUCUGGCUCCACAGUGGAAAUUUCAAAGUAUAACAAAACCGUCGUUACCAUGGCAACUCUCCUCCUGACUUUGAUCGUCAGCUAUGCGUCAUUCGUCGGCGUUACCAACGCAAUAGCGUUUGGCGGGAAACGCAAACGAUCUCUUUCUACAGCUUACACUGUUCUUGCUAUUUGGAUUUAUGCCACCUCUUCCUUGAACCCAGUUUUUUAUUGCUGGCGAUUGCGGGAUUUUCGUCAGGCAGUAAUUAAAAUAAUUUUUAAUGAAAGACAGUGACUUUCUAUAAGAACUUUGGCGAUUUUCGAGAAGUCGUUUAUAUAUAACGGUAUCUGAAUUGAAGAAUAAUCCAGCUUAUUUAUCAGUUAUGUUUGUGCCUUUGAAACUCUGCAAUACCCAGAACAGUAGGAUUUUUUAUCUUAACAUAACAUGUUAAAAACAAUUGCAUUUGUUAUGUAACUGAGAAAAUUACUUCACUGUGAUUGGCUGAGAGCAGACAAAUUUAUUGUUAAUUUUUAAUUUGCACUGCAGUGCACAUAAACGCGCGUGAUUCGUGAUUUUUCCAGUCAAAUGAUAAAUGAAUGUAAUCGUAUGAAGGCUCGAGCAAUUUAAGUAUUUACACUACUCGUGAUAUUUGAAAAUUCUUUCAAUUUGCACUCGCCUAAAAGCUCGUGCAAUUUUGAGAGAAUUUUCAAAUAUCAACCAUAGAGUGAGUCCUUAAUUGCCCUUACAUUCAUACGAUUGCCUAUAUUUAUAGAAGGAGUUGUGGGCUCUGUGCUGGUUCAGACGAAUUGAGCAUAACAGCUAGUAAACUCAACUGCUGAAUAGACAGUUCAAAGCAAAUGGCCAAAAGUAUUUUAAACUGCCUCAGUGGCGAAUUCCAGCCUAAUCUCUGUCCCUCAUUUUUGUGAGAAAAACCUUUGAGAGGAGCUUGUUGUUAGCUUCGAUGUAUUAUUAGACUCUCAGAACGAAAAUUGAAAGAAACAUAUAGUACUU